AUGAAAUCAAAGUGUACCAACAAAAGGUGACAAAGUUAAAAGGGAAAAGAGAUAGAGAAACCACAAAGAGAAUUCUCCCUCUGCCUCAUCAUCCCUCUACUUUCUUUAUUCCAUCUCCUUCACACAGUAAGGAGGAAUAUAAUUGUCCAUCAAGAAAUUAAGUUCCAUAAAAUCUCUAAUGGGUGAUCUCUUAAUCUUCUUCAAAUGCAUAUCAGAAAACAAGCCUUUCCCAUGUUCUUGUUUUUAUCACUUCCUAUGUUUUAUACAUGUUAUGCUUAGUCUUCUAUUAUUUAGCAGUAUAACAGCUCAAGCCAGCCAUUGCAGAGCUUCCUGUGGCACCAUUCUAAUAAACUACCCUUUUGGUAUUGAUGAUGGCUGUGGCAGUCCUUAUUACAGACACGUACUUGUUUGCUCUGAUUCAGGUAACCUUGAGCUUCGAACUCCUUCUGGGAGAUACCAAGUACACAGCAUCAGCUACUCUGAUCCCCAUAUCAUAGUUGUCGAUCCAUUCAUGUGGAAUUGUCAAGAUGGCAGUCAGUUCAGGGCAACCAGGCCUUUUAGCCUCGAUACAAGCACACACUUCACACUCUCCUCUCAAAAUGACUAUCUCUUCUUCAACUGUAGUGAAGAGAACGUAAUCGUUGAGCCCAAGCCUAUGUUCUGUGAGCGGUUUCCUGACAAGUGCGACUCCACAUGUGAUAGUGCAAGUUAUCUUUGCAGGAAUCUGCCAGGGUGUGCUACUGCAUUCGGUGGCAGUUCUUGCUGCUCUUACUUCCCGAAAGCAACCGAGUCUUUGAGGCUUAUGCUCGAGUAUUGUGCUAGUUACACAAGCAUUUACUGGAAAAAUGGUGGAAAUUCUCCUUAUGAUAAAGUCCCUGAGUAUGGGAUUAGGAUCGAUUUUGACAUUCCAGUGACUACCCAUUGCCUUGAGUGUCAAGACAUGAUGAAAGGUGGCGGAACUUGUGGAUUUGACACACAGUCACAGAAUUUCUUGUGUCUAUGUAACGACAGAAAUGUCACCACUUAUUGUAAAGAUCAUGGCACUUCUAGGCAGCACAGCAGGGCAGGAGUCAUUGCAGGGACAGUUACUGGAGUUUCGGCUGCCUGGGCCUUGGGAGUCGGUGCUGGCUUAUGGUAUUGGAAAAAAGUGAAAGCAAAAGCACCAGUUACAAGUGGGGUUCAAAGCAAUGAGAACAGGCUCUUCUGACGAAACCCAUCAACUAAAGCAAAGUAGCAAAUACUAUACUUUUCCUUUUCUUUUCUUUUUUUUCCCCCUUAUCCCAUUUUUUGAAUUGCUUUAUUCUCCUUUGCUAGAUAAUUAUGCUUUUUCUUUAUGCGUUUACCUCCACACCAUGCUUGAUUAAAGAGCCAAAGUUUUGGAAAAAAAAAAAAAGAGAGAGAGCCAAAGAUUAAUUGAUGCCAUUGGAAUGGUAGCUUUUCAGUUUUGGUAGUUUCCACCUUACGCUUGUUUCAGAUAAUCUAUUAUGAUAUUAUUAAUUCUAAAACAGUUUAUUAUUUGAUAUUCUAA